UAUAAAUAUAUAAAAUGUGAAUGUAAAAUAUAAUAUUCCAAUAAAUAUUUUUUUCAUCAUUUAAUAUAAUUAAUAAUACAUUCUCGUUCUUAAUAUCCCUUUAAUAUUUGUUUUAAUAGCAAAAAUGAACGGUUUCAGAAUGAUAAGCAUUUUAGCAUAUUUUAUUUUAUUCGUCAAUAAAAGUUUUGGAAUAUUAAAUGAACAAAAUUCGAGUUUUGGAAAACCUAAUGAAGAGAAAUCGAAUCAUAUAUUAUAUACACCAGGUUUUGGAGCACCUAAUGAACAGAAUUUGAAUCAUAUAUUAUAUACACCAGGUUUUGGAGCACCUAAUGAACAGAAUUUGAAUCAUAUAUUAAAUACACCAGGUGAACCAACACCUAUUGAACAGAAAUCGAAUGAUACAUUAAAUACACCAGGUUUUGGAAUAUAUAAUGAACAAAAAACGAAUGAUACAUUAAAUACACCAGGUGAACCAACACCUAUUGAACAGAAAUCGAAUGAUACAUUAAAUACACCAGGUGAACCAACACCUAUUGAACAGAAAUCGAAUGAUACAUUAAAUACACCAGGUGAACCAACACCUAUUGAACAGAAAUCGAAUGAUACAUUAAAUACACCAGAUGAUACAUUUAAAACACCAGAUCAACCUUUGCAUACACCAAAUUCACAUAUGCUAAUACCAAACGCUCCUAAGAAGAAUAUAGAAGUUAAUUUGAAGAAGAGAGGAAAUAUCAAUUUUCCAGCGUAUGAUUCACAGGAAGAAGGAGAACGACCUGAAUGGACCAGUGUUACAAAAAAAUUGAUUUUUGAUUAAUUAAUUGAAGUUUAUUAUUUUGGUUAUUAUCGUGUUAAGUUAUAUUAUUGUGUUUAUUUGUAACAUUUACAACGAAAGUUUUAAUAAAUUUAUCAUUAAACCGGUUAAAUAAAUAACUUUAAAAAAAUUAAUUUAAGUGUGCUAUUAUUGAAUAUUAAAACAUAAUACGACACGGUCGCCCAUCGCUUCAUGAUACUCCGCAACCCAUGGCACCGUUAUCAGUCGUCGCACUACUAUGUACAAUACCGCGUGCUAUACGUGACGGUGCAAAAUACAGCAAGUGCAGCAUGGCCAACGACGAUCCGCCACAAAUGAUACGUUGAGACUUUUUCCGUUAUCGAAGUGACAACGUCAAGGAUGUGCGCCACCGGUUCCGAACGUGUCGUGCGACCAAACCAUGGCGAACACUGCGUCGCCGACGCCAGCGAAAGUGGCGCAAUAUUAUGCGAAUAUUAUUAUUCAUUCAUCUUUUCGGUUUGUUUUUUAAAUAACCUGUUGCUGCACAAUUAAUUAAUAAACAACCUACGCGUUUCUAUAUAACCCAACUGGAUAUAUUAGAGCACUUUUCAAACAAAAGAGUGGAAUUAAAAUUUAUUCCCUUACAUUUGCCUCAUUUUGGACUAUAAAAAUAAAUUAUUUUAACUAUUAGGACAGUCAUUCAAUUGU